GUAAUCAACAAGGGGCUGGCCGUUGCUAUAAAUUGGGGUUCUACCCUCCUCCUACCAGCUGCACUUUUCUGUCUUUUGUUUAUACCUAUCCAUUGUCUUUGAAUCUAGUUACCCGUUCUUUACGGCAGACAGUUAACGAUUCUAAUAUUAAGUAAUAGUGGUUAUCACCGAGUGUUUGUUUCGCUAUUUACUCAGCCGUUAUACAUUGUUCUACUUCACUGUGUGACCUUUUUUACAUCCUAAUUUCCAAGUUUUAAUCCUACAAUUCCCGUUUCAGUAUGCAUCGCGCUUACUCCUUGAGAAAUUCGCGUGCCCCUACCGCAUCCCAAAUUUCCAAUCCUCCUCCUCCUCCUUCGUCGACCCGUUCCAACAAGGGAAUUUUCGGCGCUGGUUCCUUUUCCCACAGCGUCAGAAAAAAUGCUGCGGCCACCUUUAUGCCCGAAUUGGCUAAGCGUUUGGCUGUUUUGGUGAAGAUGGAGAAGAAUGUCAUGAGAAGCAUGGAGACCGUCAGCCGUGAACGCCGCGAAUGUGCUCGUCAGCUCUCCUACUGGGGAGAGGACUGCGAUGAUGACAUUAGCGACAUCACCGACAAGCUGGGUGUGUUGUUUUACGAGCUUGCUGAGCUUGAGGAUUAUCUCAUUGAUCGCCAUGACCAAUACCGUGUUACUAUGAAGGCUGUUCGUAACAUCGAGGCUUCUGUCCAGCCCUCACGUGAGAAGAAGCAGAAGUUGUUGGACCAGAUUUACAUGUUGAAACACAAGGAUCCUGAAUCCCCCAAGUUGAUUAACUUGGAACAGGAACUUGUUCGCGAGGAGGCUGCGUGCUUAGUUGCCGAGGCUCAACUCUCCAACAUCACCCGUGAAAAGUUCAAGCAAGCCUUGACCUACAACCUGGAUGCUCUUUUUGAGCAUGGUGAAAAGAUGGCUCUUAUUGCAUCUUAUGGAAAGCAUUUGUUGAAUCUCAUCGAUGAUACCCCUGUCACCCCUGGCGAAACUCGUCCCGCGUACGACGGCUACGAGACUAGCAAGCAAAUCAUUGUUGACGCCGAGCGUGCUCUUAGCACCUGGACGUCGGAAAGCGCCUAUGAGGAGAAGGCUCAGGAGGUUCCCAGCGAGACCCGCUCGUGGAACGAGUACGACGUUCGUGGCGAGGAAUCCGCCCCUGUUGAGCAGAUGAAUCAACUGAGCGUCCAUGACGGUCAGGUUCAUACGAGUCGUCUGCCCGACUCCUCAAGCGAGGAGGAAGAGCCUUUCCAAGCGCACAGCACGAACAUUGAAGUCGCUGCCCCUGAAACGGCAACUGCUACUAAGCCAGUCGUUCCUGCUGCUACGCAAGCUACUGCUGAGGCUCAGGUCGCAUAAAUCGACUAAUGAAAAGGCGCACGCCCUUUGUUUUUGGUUAUAACUGAAACUGUUUAUUCUUAUUGUGCGAGCCAACGUUGCACUUUUGCGGUUGUAUUGUUCCGUAAGCUGUGAUAUCUAUUAUUUUCGUUUAGUCUCCUUGAUGGGCAGGGGUAGAGCGCGUGAUCGCUGCUUUAUUCUCUGGCUUUUACGAGGACGACUUGCGUCCGGUUGUUCAAAGCGUUGCGUUAUGAAGGAUGCUACUGAAGGCGUCCAUUGACUGACUAAUCUUUAAAAUCUACAUGCUUUAUGAGGAUGGUUUUGUGUGCCUUUUAAGACACCUGCCAUCUGAAGUUAAAGUCAUCGUCUUUCAUGCUUGUUUAUUAAUUGCUGUGAUUCUCGUUUGUUACAAAGCCUGCUUGCCCUGCCGUUUUUUCAUCUGCUCCGCAGUAGGGUGGUUGAGAAAAGGGGGGAAAACGCUUAACUGCCGGUCAGUUCGUCUUCUGUAUAUAUGUAAUUUGCUCAAUAACAGAACAAGUGUUUUUGUGGAA